UCCAAAUUUCUCCCUAAUUUUUCUCUUUCUUUGAUCAUUCAUUUCAGUUCCUUCAAAACCCUAAUUCUUUUACUUUCCUUUUCUCUAUCUUUUUUUUUUUUUUUAUAAAUAAUUUGAGAUAAUUUUAUCUAUUUAAUUUACACAUCCAAAAGGAAAAAAAGGAAACCCAAUCUGCAUUUUCACCAUAUUUCCGUUUAUAGACAAAUUGUUUAUUGUUAGGCAUCAGCAAUCAUAAAAAAAUGUUCAUAUUUUCCAUCUAAAGCUCUCAACUUUCUUGCUCUACAGUAAGAAAGAAGAAAUAAGAGAACAACUUUACAAAAGCAAAUUCCCAGUUCUUCUUAUCAUUUGCUUUUUUUUUUUUUUCUUGUGUGCCGGGUUUGGGGCUUUGAUUCUAUGGCUGCAGUUGCUGACAAGUCAGGUGAGGCAGCAGCAGCUGCUGCUAAUAACACCAACAACAAUUUGGUGGUGGAAACAGCUAAAUCAGAAGAAAAGGAAUUCAAUGUGCAAAAGCUGGUUGAUAUGUUCACUAAGUUGAAUCCUUUGGCCAAAGAAUUUUUCCCAUCAUCUUAUCAUCAUAAUCAGACCAAAAAUAUUGAUAAUUUUAAUCAGGUGCCUUUUAAUAAGCAAUCAGAUGGGAAUGAGAAUUACUCCAACAGAAGGAAAAGAAAUAACUUCAACCAGGGUAGAAGAAGGCUUAAUGGUAGAGCUUUUCGAACUCAAAGAGAUGAUAGUAUUAGGCGAACAGUAUAUGUUUCCGAUAUUGAUCAGACUAUUACUGAGGAGCGACUUGCUGACUUAUUUAGUAAUUGUGGACAAGUUGUUGAUUGCCGAGUUUGUGGUGAUCCACAUUCUGUUCUCCGCUUUGCAUUUGUGGAAUUUGCAGAUGAAGAAGGAGCAAGAGUUGCUUUGAACCUUGGUGGGACAAUGCUAGGGUUUUAUCCAGUUAGGGUCUUGCCUUCAAAAACUGCCAUCCUUCCUGUGAACCCUACAUUUCUCCCUAGGUCAGAAGAUGAAAGGGAAAUGUGUUCCAGGACUGUUUAUUGUACAAAUAUUGACAAGAAGGUUUCUCAUGCUGAAGUGAAGACUUUCUUUGAAUCAGCCUGUGGUGAGGUCACUCGUCUGAGGCUUUUAGGGGAUCAAGUGCAUUCAACCCGUAUUGCUUUUGUUGAAUUUGCCAUGGCGGAAAGUGCCAUAAUUGCACUGAAUUGUAGUGGGAUGGUGCUAGGAACCCAGCCCAUCAGGGUAAGUCCUUCAAAGACACCUGUGAGGCCGCGAGUUACCCGUUCAACAUUGCAUUAACCGAUCAACCAAGCCUUUUAAGAUCCUAGGAUGGAAUUGGGUGACUUCCCAAUGGAGAGAAACUUUGUUGUGUUGAAGGGAUGGUGAAACUUUCCUUGUUUCCUUAUCUCCAUCUUUUCUGUCGCAACAGUUGCUUUUUUUUUUCUUUUAUAUAUCUUUGACUGAAGAUAUCGUGACCAUGCUUCGGAAUGAAGCUUGACCUUGAGAAUUUUUUUACCUUAUUCCAUCCCUUUGCUUUGACAAUGUCAUGUUGAGUUUCUUCGAUUCUGGUUUCCAUAUAUUUCUAAUGAUGGUUAUAGGCAUGCUGAUUAGGUGGAGAAUGGAGAUAGCUGGCAAGUUAGCUAGAGAACUGGUGCAGGUCUACUGUCUUUAGGAAGGACACCGGAUCAAAUUCCUCCAAAAAUACUAGAAAUUUGGAAAUAAAUUUUUUUUUUUUUUUUUUUGGUAUAAAGGCCGCA